AAACGUCAUAGGAGAAAGUCGGUUUACAGGUCUCUAUAGUCGGUAUCCAGUACCCUCUUAAGUGUACACACAACAAGUUUCCUACGUUCUGCUAUUCGGUCAAGAUGAAAAUGGACGUCGACAUGGAGCUGCAAGAGACCAAGGAUGCCGUGUUGCAAUUAAUAAAAGACAAAGAUAAGAUGGAAGGUGACAUACGAGCGCUGAGAGAGAUUUUGGACUCCAAUAAUAUCGGCAUGAACGAACCGCUGGUCGAUUCCGAAGGAUAUCCCAGACAGGACAUCGAUGUGUAUCAAGUGCGACACACGAGAAGCAAGUUGAUACAUCUCCUAAAUGAUCACAAAGCAUUGAUGACGAAGAUAGAGGAAGGGUUGCACAAAAUUCAUGCCGCUUCAAAAGCUACAAAUGGAGACCAACAACCUGCAUCUGACGCAUCCAGUAGUCCGGAAACAGAAACACUGGAGCCUUUCUUGAGAGUGAACGUAGUCUCAUCCGGUUCACCAGCGGAAAUUGCAGGAAUUCAAGUCAAUGAUUUGAUAAUGCAAUUUGGAUCCGUGCACUAUCGGAACUUCAAAUCGUUAAAAGACAUUGGGAUGCUGGUGGAGAACAGCAGAUACAAGACGUUCAAUGUGAAAAUCAAACGGGGAUCUAACGUUAUAAUUCUGUCGUUAACUCCGCGUCCUUGGGACGGCAAGGGUCUUCUCGGUUGCAAUGUAAUACCUCUGGAAGUAGUUGAGAGAUAGAGUUGUGUCAUAGAUGAUGGUGUAAAUGCUGCGAGAUAUGUUUUUUUGUGUAUAUUAUUAUAUUUAAUACAGAUAUAUGUGUAAAAAAAAGAAUUUUGUAUUUUCUAAUG